AUGGUGUUGUGUGUGUCUGUCUCUGCAGGUAAGCCGGAUCUGUGCGGGGUGGAGCUCCAUAUCGAGGAGCUCUGGCAUCAUUACCGUGUUGAACAUGCCAUGGCUGAGGGCGCCAAAAACAUGCUGAGGCUUCUGGGAGCUGGAAAAGCACAGGACAAGAAGGCCAUCGCUGAGGCUCAGUCUCGUCUCAGCGAAGCGUCCCAGCACUUGGAUCUUCUGCGAGUGUCGUUAGAGCAGCGUUUGGUCAAUCUACCAGAAGAUCAUCCGAAAGUGUGUCUGAUUAAGGAGGAGUUAGUGGACAUUGGCCCAGUGUCUGAGCCGGUCUCUCCUCCUGAUCCCGCUCCUCCUGAGAAGGCUGUCAGGACCAGUUCCCAUAAUUCCCAGCGCAG